AUGUCUAUAGAUUAUGGAAAUUUAUGUUCGGUAAUAUUAAAACAAUGCUUCGGCGAAACUGUGCAACUUGUGGGAGAUUGUCUAUUCGCGGCAAAUGCCCGAACACUGGGAAACAUUGUCAAGUCCACGAAUUUGACCAGAAGGGAGGUCUCCACGGCUCUGGGUAUUUUAAUCAAAUAUCAAUUGGUCACAUUUCAACCUAAUGAUGUUAAUCCCUUUGUGGCGGAAUAUUCACUUAAACGUGAUGAGAUUUUAUAUAUUUUACGCUAUUCAAGAUAUGUCCAUUUAAUACAAACCAAAUAUGGUUCGGUUGGUGCUGCCAUUGCCGAGGAAUUAUUGUACUCUGGUUCUCAAACUGCCUCGAAUACAUUAUUGAAAUGUUUAGCAAACAAUGAAAUUAAUGAGAAAGUGGAAACCAUCCGCGACACCUUUGUACUAAUGAUACGUGACAAUUAUUUAAUAAAACUUCCGAUGUUGGUGCCAAAUGAGAGCGGUGAACCAGAAUUAGUGCCAAAGCUGCACAUAGAAGAUUAUGAUUUAUUUAAUCCACCCGAUAUUGAUCUAUCGAUGUUGGCUAAAGUUCAGGCUGGUACUGUACAGGCCACACAACUAAGGGAUGCAGCAAUAUUUUGGCAAUUGAACUUCAAACGUUUCCAUCAAGAUUUUCGAGAUCAAUGUAUGAUAUCGGCUGUAGAAAGGAAAUUGGGAGCAAGUGCUGCCGAAUGUUUUAAACUUAUACUAAAGCAAAUGUACGAGAGAACCGAUCCCUGGCAAAGACAAGCUUCUAAUCCCUUUACUAUUGUCGAAGUGAAACAUGUGGUGGAAAAGAACUCAAAUAAUUUGGAUUUGAUAAGGCAUUUAGAUCAAUAUGUGGCAUUAAUUGCCGAUGACUCCCUGCAUUUCAUAAGAAAAAUUGGUGAAAUGGGUGGCGGUCAAUAUGUGGUAGAUUUAGCACCCGCCUUUGAAUCAUUGGCCUUGGCAUGCAUAGAAAAUGUCAUUACCGAACGUUUUGGUUCGAAAGCAUCGCGAAUCUUUCGUGUUGUGCGAAUGAAAAAAUAUAUCGAACAAGAAGAUCUACAAAAGGAGGCUAUGGUACCGGCAAAAGAAGCGAAGCUUUUAUCUUAUAAUUUAUUUCAAGAACAAUUUCUUCAAAUUAAAACAAUACGCAAAGCGGGGGGUGGUGGCACUGGACCAGCAAAGGCUUUCUAUUUGUUUUAUUUGAAAUAUAAACAGAUUGCCAAAAUGUUGCUGGACAUUUGCUUUAAGGCUUUAUACAAUGAUAUAACCCGUUCCAAUUAUGAGAAGAAUGAACACAAACGUUUAAUUGAAAAAUCUCAAAAGUUGGAUAGCAUUGUUGCAACAAUGAAAGAGAGAGGGGAAUCCGAAGAGUAUAUUGCCGAGAUUCUUGAAACUCUAACCCCACCUGAACGAGAAAUCUUGGAUAAAGUGAAGAAUCGCAUCAAGACAUUGUCCAAGGCGGAAUUAUCCCUUGAUGAUACCAUUUUUCUAUUACAAAUGUAUUUAUAUCAUUCGGCCCAGGUGUUUGUGGCACCAGCAACUAAAAAAUAA